AUAACUUUUAGAUUUUUUGCUUUCUGAUAAUGUUUUCAUAAAUCAACAUAAUAAGAUAAUCAUUUUUGAUACAUCUGUGUAAGUUUUAUCAUCUGCUCCAAAAUUUUGAGAAACAAUUUGGCUAACUUAUCAUCGAAGUACAGUAACAAGCCAAAACAUAUUAUUUCGUAGCAAUAGUGUUACUGGAUCUUUAAAAGUUUUUACACAUUACAGAAUUUUUCUUUUAUACUUUCCCUAAUAUAAAAAUGCAUAAACAAUUAUAAAAUACAUAUUAUAUCUGCUUCAUAGAAAUAAUGCUGCAUUCACUCACAUUUGUUGAAACGACAGAUCUAUCUUCGAAAGAGACACUGAAAAGUUGCAUAGAAUAGCAAUGUAUUAUCUUCUUUUUUUUAUUUAAUAAUAUUUCUGAGUUCUUAUAGAUGGUAUAUAGAAUCUCAUUAAAUAUGCAAUUACAUUAUUCUCGUUUUGAAGGGAAAGCGUAAUAUUAUGAAGCAAUAUGAAAGUAUACGGAAAACUUUCGAGACGAAUAUUCGAUAAACUUAUAAUAUAUUGCGAUGCAAUAUUUUCCAUCUCUUAUCCUGUUAAACCGAAUGUGAACGGCUUUAUUAUUUAUUACGCUUGUAAAGUUUUCUGCGCCACUAACAGUUGCAGUCACUUGGGGAUAGUAUUUUUAAUAUUUAAUGUAGCAUUGGACGAAAUUGUCCGGUUUUUGAACCUGUAUAGAGAGCAUGCGCGACGGUUAUUCUAUGCUACAUGUUGGGAAAGAUGAUUCUCUUCAUGUUAGUUCUCAACAUGGACAUUACGAAAUCUUUAGGUUACCGAGAUUUCAUGUGGGCAGUUGAAUUUCAUCGCUUAGCUAUGGAAGUGAUCGGCUUGUGGCCUAAAACUGGAAAAUUUAUUAGAAAAAGUUGGUCAGAAAUUUGGGUCGGCAUUAUUUUCAUUCUAUUACUAUUCAUUUCUAUUCCAAUGAUAUGUACGGUUACACGUGUCUGGGGCGAUAUGGUACUUUUAACAGACAAUUUACAGAUCACAUUACCUCUACUGACAAUAUUAGUAAAAUACGUUAUCAUAAGAUGCAAACGAACAGUCAUCUUUGCAAUUAUAAAUAUGAUGGCGGAAGAUUGGAUGGCGUUCAAGCACGAUGCAGAGAGAAAUGUAAUGAUAAGACAAGCACGAUCUGCCCGAUUAAUUAUGAUUAUUGGAUAUCAUAUGAUUCUAUUAGGGUUUUUCUCGGUAGUCCUUCCUCCUUAUUUUGGCACGCAAAUAAUAUACGCAACGAAUUUAACGGAUGGGAAUAGGUUAUUACCGUUAGAGAAGUUUCACUUCUACGAUACAAAUAAGAGUCCGCAGUAUGAAUUGACAUUUUUCAUCCAUGCUCUAGCAAUUUUGUUGUCAAGCAUCAUUUACAUGUCUGUAGACAUUUUUUUGAUACUAAUAAUUCUUCACAUUUGUGGUCAAUUAGAAAACUUCAGAUGCCAAUUAGUUAGUUUGGUCUCGUGUGAACAUUACAAAUAUAACAAAGUUCUGAAUAAUAUUAUAGCAACUCAUUUGCGACUUAUCAGAUUUGCUGAAAAUAUUGAAAAUACGUAUUCUUUAAUGAUAUUAAUAAUGAUAAUCUAUUUUGGUAUUGUAUUUUGCUUAAACGGCUUUCUAUUUACUGUUUUUAUUACUGACAAAGAAAUACAAAAUGAAGUUGUUGCCACAAAGUUUUAUUUUUCGUCACUUCUUCUCAUUGCCUUAUUGACGAAUACACUUAUUUAUUGUGGUGCAGGAGAACUUGUAACCGAGCAAUGCAAUGCAGUAUAUCGUGCAAUGUGCAAUCUUGAAUGGUAUAAAUUGGAAUCAAGAAAAGCAAGAAAUCUUAUUUUAUUAAUGAUACGAGCCCAUCAUCCCUUUCGCAUCACUGCAGGAAAAGUUAUUCCAUUAACAAUGGCUACUUUUUGCAAUGUAUUAAAAACAUCGUGUGGUUACAUAUCGUUUUUAUUGACAAAACUUUAAUUAGUUAAAGAUCAGGAUGGUAUAUUACUAUAUAUAUUAUUUGUAAAAGAAAUAGAUUUUUACAUUUAAAUAACUACAGUUGUAUUUAAUAUUUUUGUAGGAAUAGUUUAAUAUUUUAAUAGGAAUAGAAAAAUUUGUUUUGUCUAUUAGUGUUUGCCGUUAAAUUAAAUUACUAUAAAUUUACUGCAGUACCUUCUAAUGUAAUGAGAUUUUUACGAUUUGUCUUAGGAAUAGUUCGAGAUUAUACAGACUUUUGAAUAUUACGUUCAAGGAAAAAUGAUAAAUCUAUACUACAAAAUUCUAUCUUCAAAACAUUUUCUUAAUAUUAUCGGUAGUUAUAAUAAAUACUAUUAUAUGCCUUGAUGGUUAAGGCAUAGAACUGGACGCCUGUAUGGAAUGUAGGAAAAUUCAGAUUCAAAUCUUAGCCGAGUAUGUAAUAUAAUAGAUAUUAAUAAAUCAGAAAAUUAUAUAAAAUUCUUCGAAAUACUAUGUUGUCCUGUGAUUGGAACCAUUUUGUAAGUAAAUUGUAAGAAAAGAUUUUUAAAUGUGUAUUUCUGUACAUUACAUUUUACGAAAAAACAAUAUAAAAAACAAUUAUAAAAAAAGUUUUUAAAUAAUAUUAAAUGUUUGUGGCUUCGAAGUUUGAUGAAGAGUUCUUUCGAAAAAAAUUACGAGUGUACAGGCGCUCGUGCUGUGUCUAAUAAUAAAUAGGAUAUUUCAAAUAA